UACACAGAGUCUGAUUGCUUCAGGUGUAUGGACGGCAGUAAGGGUGUCGCUGGAGGCCGCCGUGGGGCACUAUGCCUACUUUGACCAGGUCUCUUCAUUGUUGAUGAGACUGACCCGGUCCUGGUCUGUUACCUCCGAAUUUGCAAAGCUUUUCCCCAACUCAGCUGAACUACAGGCCUUAUUCUCCGAGUACCUUACUAGAGUCGUCCGUCUAUGCCAGCAGAUCCUUGCCGUUGCUAGAAGACCAUCAUAUCUGCUAUUGGCAUCAUCUUUGUUUUCUACCUUCGACAAUGAGUUUGGACCAAUCCAGGAGGAACUGAACAUGUACGGGGCUCUGAUCGAGAAGCAGUUCACUCUGCUUACCAGCUCACAGGCGGCGGACAGACAACAAGCAGCGAGAAAAGAGACGGGAGGGAUGAUACGCCGCUUUUCUAAGGCGUGGAGACGACAAUACAUACUCGAACAAAAGCAACAACUCUUGCACCAUCUAUCUCCCCGACAAGGUCAACAGGAUGUAAUAUGGAGACGAGAAAGAAAGCGCGGAACCGCGAGUUGGAUUCUUACCACGUCCGAAUACAAAUCUUGGAAAGCAGGGCAUCAGGCUGUGUUACGAGUUACCGGGCACCUUGGCUGCGGCAAAACUGUUGCGCUUGCUACCAUCAUCGCUGACGCACCGAUGGAAAAGAAGAAGCACGCAGGCUUCAUUUGCAAAAGAGAUGAUCCACACACGCUGAAAGGAUUUACUAUCCUGGGAAGUAUUGCCCAUCAGUUGCUGCAAUCCGGAACAGUCCGUCAAGAGUGGGAAAAAUUGAUCCAAGGGAAUCCUGAUACCUUUCUUGGGGCACUGAGUGUUUCCUUCAUUGUGCAGCUUCUACAGAGCCUUUUGCCGCGGGAUGAAACCUUCUAUGUGAUUCUGGAUGGACUAGAUGAAUGCUCAGAGGAGGAUGUGGAAAUCGUUUUACAAGCCUUACAGGACCUUCGCCAACAACAUCAAAUAUCUGUGUGCUUCUCGACAAGACUGGAUGCCUCUGGCCUUCCAACGAAGCUGACACAGGAAUAUUUGGGCACUGCUGCCGAUCUGUCCUUGAACAAUGUCCUGCGUGAUACAGAAAUUGAGGAGUAUAUCAGAUCGGAGGUGCAAAGACGUAAUGCUCGCCGUGAGCCACAAAUGAGCGACAAGUUGGUGGAGCAGGUUACGAAAGCGCUGGCUGUGGGAGCCCAAGGAAUGUAUCUUUGGGUAUCACUUCAUAUUGAGGCCAUAUUCCCAUCCUACCAUGAAGCCGUCUUGACCAAUGAGUCGGUCCAAGACAUUCUACAUCAUUUGCCGAAAGAUCUUCCACAAGCAUUCGAUCAGGCGCUCGACCGAAUCCCUGACCGCCAGUACGGUGAUCGAAUAUUUCAAUUGGUUGCUGUAGCGGAAACUUGCCUUACCGGGGAACAGCUGAGUGUUGCACUCACUGUCCAACCCGGUGACCCUACCUGGAAUGGGGCCCGGUUGCCUCACAGUCCCAAGCAGGUUGUCUUUCGCUGUGGUGGUGGGUUGCUGGAGAUCGACGAGGAAGAUGACCAAGUUCGAUUCAUCCAUCACAGUGUGAUAUCGCAUAUGGGAGACCGAAAAGUUGGAGUGGACGGCAGCAGCCUUACGCGGAGCUGGAUGACCGAUGCAGAAUCAUUCAUGGGAUCCGUCUGUGUAACGUAUCUCAACUUUGCCGACUUCGACAAACCGCAUCUCACCGAGGAGAAUGGAGCCAGAGUCGAUGUCUUGUGGAGGGCAUUGAUCAACGAUAGACCGCCACAUGUUUCGGUUCCGUGGAAUUCAUCCCUAGAUGGUGAAGGAGGGAUGAUUGUGUACGCGCUCAACAAGUCGCAUGCGUACCUCUUUCGCCAUAUCAUCAGAAGUCAUAUACAGGAUGACCACAUCUUCAUUCAGACACCCUACUUCCUUGUCCUUCUAACGAUCCCUCUCGAGGAUACCUCGACUCAGUUCGCGCUUCACAUGGUCAGAAAGCACUUGGCGGAAAUCAAAGCUGGGAGCAUGGUAGACCACUUGUGGGCCUUGAUCGAAGAGGCAUGCCUCAAGUUAUCCGCCAUCGCGCAUGAUGAAGACUUACUCAAUUCUCUAAGCAGACAAAUAUGUUUGGCUGCUCUCACUGCCUUGGUGCUGCUCCGAAGCACGAGGAACAGCCCAGAUCCCACCGAAGACGAUGUCUUCAAGUUCUUACGCAUUCUCUCAGAAACCGCGGACGACUUAAGCUUCAAGAUGGUUUGUGAUUACCUCCCCAUGGUAGCUGGCUGGGCAUCAGAUCCACAAUCCCUUGCAUUACUUGGAUUACAGAAUGCAGUUGCACACAAUAAUUUCAGCCUGGUUAAGAUGAUCAUGAUGAGCAUUGACGUUGACUUGUCUAUAAUCGACCGCGUUCUGGAAAUGACAAAAGAGAAAUCCGACUCGAUGUUUCGCUCGAAAGUAACCUCGAGAGUAACCUCGCUUUUAAACCACACAAGUCAUGUCAUCAAGGAGCAGCCUGUUGUGGGUAACAACGAUCUGGAAAUCAUUCGAACACAUCUGAUGAACGACGAUGACGAUCAGGCUAUGGAAAGCAUAGAAAGGUGGUUCGGUCGCGGGAGGCCGGGUUGUUCCUCUGUAGCGGACUUGAGCCUUCUCCGCAAGGUUACUGAAUGGGCCAUUAUCUACCGAUGCGAUGAAGUCCUCGAUGCGAUGCCGUGUUUGCCUGAGGCGGUGGAAGCUUGGCCCACAGUUUUACUCGAUGUCAUAACGACCUAUGCGCAGCAUGAAAGACUGAGAAGAGAAGACGACCCUGAGAGAGAGCGCAAAAUCUUUUUCACGUUGGUUAAAGAAGUCCAGAAGCUCGAAUCCAACGACAUGUACCUCACAGGCUCGGAUAGUGGUCCAUCCGUCGACUCGCAAUGGACAGCUCUUCACGCGGCAGCUCUGUGGGAGCCAUACGCCGUUGAUGCGGUUUUGAAACUCUGGCCUGGCGCAACACAUCAAAGAACCACGCAUGGACUCAUGCCCCUUACUGUGUCAAUUUGCGGACGACCAAAACAAGAAGGUUACUCUUCGAUACCUCCUCUAAUGCUGAGUGUUCUCGCUUUACUCCAAGCAGCUACUACUAAUGAUGCCAAAGCGCUUUGCGAAGACUCUCUACUUUCACCACUGCAUUGCUCGAUAGCGUGUUGCCCACCAGACAUAACGGAGGUUCUAGUUGAGCAUGGAGCUACAUGUAACGUUUCUUUAACAAACGCCGAAGACUCCGAGGCCUACAGGAUCCUCAUGAUAGUUGCUUUGCUGGAAAACAGAAUCUAUUACCGCAGCAGUUGGUAUCCGUCGUGGAAGUUACAAGCCAAAACGCUCACGUCGCUUGAGGAAUACUACAGGUAUAAGGGCCCACUGCCUAUGCCCCGGGUUAUGACCCGUCCGUUUUACGACCCCGAAGACGACCCUGAAGGCUACACCCCCAAAAGUAGCUUCAUUUGA